CCAAUUAAUACAAAUACAAGAUUUUUGGAUAAUGUAAUUGUGAUGUGUCAAUACAUAUGCCCAAUCAUUGUAUUUUUAUGGUUUGUUGUGUGGUUUGAGUAAACAAAAGUUAAAAAAUAGACGGAUCCAUGUUUUUAAAGGUUUUCUGAUACCAAAAUAUUGGAAAAUUGAUGGAGUAUUCGAAACUUGUUGUGAUCAUUAUUUCCAUGUCUUUAUUCAUAAUACUGUUCAGUCAAACAAGAUUAAGAACUAUUGAAAAGAAUGUAGACCGUACACAACCUAUUACUGAGAAAACGACUAUUAAAAGGAAAUCAUAUUUUUCAACAUAUUUAGAGGACAUAAACAAAACAAGGUUAGAAUGUGGCCAGCUGUGUAAUACUUCACGAAAAGGAACUCCGGGGAUUUUUUUUGAUAAAAUUACAGCCGCUAUAAAUUGUGAAGCUUUAUUUCAAAACGAAUAUGUUGAUUCAUCUCAUGGACUUGCGCAUGCUCCGAGAAAAAUACCUUCGGUUUUAUUGAAUGAUUAUACGAUGAAUGGACUAAUAAAAGUGCACACGGCUUAUUUCAACCAACCAUACCUUGGUAGUACUGCGAGGAUACCUAUUUGGACUAAAUCUUUACUCAAGGAGUAUGUAGCGCGAGCAAAAGAAGGUAAACUGUUUGGUACUUACGGAAUAUCUGAAACUAACGCACUAAGGGACGGACUACAACAUGCACCAGGAGUGAUAGGAGGGCGUGUCCUAGUCAUAGGAUCGGAGAAACCAUGGGUUGAAGCAUGCUUGCUUGAGAUAGGCGUUAAAAGUAUUGUGACACUUGAAUAUGGAAGGAUCAAAUCUGAACAUGAGCAAAUUUCAACGAUGGUUCCAUCUGAAUAUAGACGAACGUUUUUAGAUAAAACAUUAGGAUUAUUUGACGCAGUUGUAUCAUUUAGUUCCAUUGAACAUUCUGGACUAGGAAGGUAUGGGGAUUCUCUGAAUCCGUGGGGCGAUUUAAUAGUAGUGGCUAGAGCUUGGUGUGUAACAAAAACAAAUGGGUCUCUGGUACUCGGUGUACUUUAUGACUUAAAUGGGGAUUACAUUACAUUCAACGCACACAGGUGCUAUGGAAAAAAACGAUACCCAUAUCUAACAACAAAUUGGAGGCAACAUUAUUUGGGAAAAGGAAUUCAACGUGUUCAUGUGUUUACAAAAUAGAAGUAUUUAUGCAAUUAUUAAAUAUUGGUAUGCCUGAUACUGGUACUAGUAUAAUAGUGACAAAGCUUCCAAAAAGAGUCAUGUCAAUAAUAAGUCAAUGAUAAUGACGUACGACGACAUCGAUAUAUCUUCGAGUUUGCGAAAAUUUAUCAGUAUCGUGUGCAUCUUGCAUUGAUGACCUUAGAUGUAGUUGACAAGUCUGUUGGAG